ACACGAGUAAGGUUUAGGAAAUUAUCCAUAUCAUUAAAAACUAAGACAAGUAUAUAUAUAAGAAAAAUGAACAGGUACGGCCGAAAGGAUCAAAGAAACUGCAGCUACAUGAGCUCUGAUGACUCAGACUCAGACUGCGAGGCUCAGCCUAACCACAAGCUUUCGAGGUUCGUAGGUAAUGUGGCAGAGAAGGUGGUGCAGCCGUUUGAAAAAGCAACAAAGAUGGUGGUGAACCCAGUAUUCAACUUUCUCUUUUCUCCUCCCAAGCAUGGAAAGAAGGGUAAGCAUGGGCGGCAUGAAGAUGAAUACUAUGGCGAGCACAGGAUGCAGCACUACAGAGAGCAUAGGAUGCAGCACAAUGGCUCGCAUGGGAAAAAGUACCAAGACAGGUUUAUGGCUCCCCAGGUUCCUCCAAAUUAUGACAGUGUGAACCCCAGCCAUGGCAAUGGCCGUGCAGUAGUGGAGAAGUCUUCGGAGUACUCGCGGGCCAGUAACACCAGCUGGGGCCAUCACUAGGGCGAAUGGAGUGAAAGGACGAAUCUGACUGCAGCCAAAUACCUUACCGGUUCCAGUUCUUAAAAAAAGUAAUGAUUGUAUCCCAAAUAAUAAAUAAGAUGCAUAUAUGUGUGCCAAUAAUCAGACAUGGGACUUUGACAAAAAAAAGUGUUCUUGUUUGAUGAACUUAAUUAUGAUUACUAAGUAGUGAUGAUGCUACUUGUGUUAUAUAAAAAUCUUUAACUAUAAUCAGUUACGUUA